GAUACCCACAACUAUUUCUUUCCAAUUAGUUAUUCUAUAUAUCAUACAGACAAUCGCAAUGGAAUGGAAAUUGAAUCGGUCGGCAGUAGUUUUAUAUUAUUUCUGUAUUUUUUUCUUUUUUUUUUUAAACCACGAAGUUGUAGAUUCAAUUGGAAGAACAACGCGUUAAGAGACGCGUUAAAAAUUUGUUUGAUCGACUAAGAAUAAAUAAGUAAACCCAUCGAAAGAAAAAACUUAUUCGUCACACGUACAAUCGCGAUUCCUAAAGCGCAGUUAUAAGCAAAAAUUUACUAUGGUGAAUUGAUCAAAAGUAAAAUUUUUAAUAGAUAUUGUGAUAGUGACGAAGCUACGAAUUUCUAUGUCGUUUUCUUAACUUUUUCAACAAAUUAUUUUAGUAACUGAACUAAAAAUUCAAUCGUUAGGAGGUCGUGAUAGUACACGAGGACAUAACCAUGUCAUUCAACGUCCAAUUGCAUGAUUGUACAGAACGUUGGUACAGAAUAUUAAAAACUAACAUGUCUACUUCAAAGAUAUAAUAAUCGGAUUGUUUGACUAAAGAGAAUAUAGAGGUUCCUUUGUUUUGCAACAGACUUAUUUUAUCUAAGAAUCACUUUAAGGGUAUUGGACAAAUUUUUUGAAGACAUCGGUCAAUCAAUUGAAUCUUCACAAAAGAUCUACGUAAACGAAUACAAAAAAUUCGUGUAAAAUCCAUCGUUCAUCAUUCUAAAAAAAAUUUUGUUUGUUUAAAAAGAUUUAUCGUAAACUAUUCACAACUUUAUUAAAAAUAAUUUAUUGCGAUAGCAACCCUCAUACGAUUCUAGGGGACGUUAACCUAUGUCAAAGACUACACAAUAUCAAUAAACGGCAAGUAGUGUGAUGUCUCGCUUAAAGAGAGAUUAAAGCCAGUGUAUACGUUAGACUAUGAAAGAAUUAAAGGUGAUUCAUCGAAGAAUUUACCGUCAUCUAGCAGCUGUUAGAAAAACUUCACAAGUACGAUUGAUCUGUCAAGAAGGAACAACAAUCUCCAAAAACUAGUUUAAUAAAUUAAUUCUUUUAACAUAUGAGGAAAGCAAUGGAAAUGGCUAAGUUACGAAUCUUUUCAAGAAAUUUACAAUUAUCAGCUCUAAAUUUCCAACGGAGUCUUAAUAAGAUUGACGCAGUCAAAUUAAAAUCGGAAGAUGUGCUCUGCGAAAAAAAUCGGAAGUCUUGCAUCAACAAAUUCAAACUUGUUAAAACGACGAACAAAUACAAAGAUAAUGUGAAUCAAGCGGCCGUACUUAUACCCAUCUGCAUGCAUAAAGGCGAACUUGGAAUUCUUUACACCUUGAGAUCUUCAAAAUUGAAUUCAAAUCGAGGACAAGUCUCUUUCCCGGGCGGAAUGUACGAUAAAACUGAUCGUGACCUAGAAGAAACUGCGUUAAGAGAAACUUGGGAAGAGUUAAAAAUACCUAGAGAAAAGAUUGAUGUAUGGGCUUGUGGCAAUUUAAUCGAUGGAAAAAAUAUAAACAUAAUGCCGGUAUUAGGCUACAUAGGCGAAAUAGAUCCUGAAAAAUUAGAAAAAAAUCCCGAUGAAGUCGAGGAAGCUUUCAUUAUAUAUCUAAACGAUUUCUGUAAUCCAUCCUUGUGUCGUUUUACACAAUUUCGCGAUAGCUACACGUUGCCUACUUAUCUCGGUGGCAAACAUCGUGUUUGGGGUCUUACCGCUGCUAUUACUCAUAUAGCUUUAUCUGCUUUGUUACCCGAAGUGUAUAAACAUAAGCUUGUUCAUUUAAAAUCUAUAGUUCCAUCAAAGGCAAAAAUAAGUAAGAGUAGUACAGUCGUGGGCGAUCAAAACAAUUGAUAAUCGAUACAAAUAUUUAGGACACAAUAUAAUAGCUUCAAAAAAUUGUCUUUUUAAUAAAUGUCAUAUAAAUGUGUGUAUGUAUAUAUAUACAUAUAUAUAUUCAUCAUUAUAUAUAUUUCACACACACACACAUAUAUUUAUUUACAUAUUUAUAUAUACAUAUUUAAGCUAUUAAAUCGUUUGUUCUAAUAUUUCAAUGAUUUUCUUUUUAAAUAAAUUUAUUCGAGAAAGCUCUAUUAUGAAUUUUCAUUAUUUGGCAAUUUCUCGUUCGUCGAUUUCAAAAAUGAUAGUAAUCCGUGUGUAUGUAUUUAUUUAUGAAAUUCGUAACACAUACAUUGAAAAUAUAAAUAUACAUAUACACGCAUGUAGUAUGGUGAAUA